AUGGCUGAGUAUGUUUUUACAGAACCAAAACUUUAUUCUGAAAUAAGUGAGCCAUUUAUUAUAAAGCAGGAACUUCUAUUUGGUUUAACAAUCAUGGGAAAAGAGGUUAAUUUUUAUAUGAAAUCUAAUAGUUUCAGAGAAAAAUUAACUGAAAUCAAAAAUGAAAUGUUAAGAGUUGUACAAUGUUUUACUCAAGAUGAGAUGGAUUGUCUUUUUGAUAGUGAUUUUCCUUUAUUUUAUACAUAA